AUGCCGAACGUAAAGGGCCCGUGUCAGUGGAAGCGGAGGCUCCUCUCCUCGGUGGUCGAGAGCCAGUUGUUGUACGCGGCUCCGGAGUGGGCCACCCAAGUGUCAAAAAUCGCAAGAACUACGGCAAAUCUGAUCCGGCYCCAGAGGGCAGCCGCCCUGAGGGUGAWACGGGCCURUCGCACCRUCUCCGAUGAGGCAUCCCUGCUCCUAGCGCRAAUGCCACCGGCCGAUCUAGUGGCACUAGAAAAGUCGAGGAUCAGAGACCGGCUAACCGCAGCCCUGGACCCUAGGACUAUCCGCCCAUCAAAAACUGCCAUCAAACGCGAGGAGAGUCGGGUGACCCUCAYGCUCUGGCAGACGAGGUGGGAAAACAGCGGUAAAGGCGAGUGGACUCGCCGCGCGUUACCCAGCGUCAAGAGGUGGAUGGAGAGAACGGUGGUGGGGGUGCCCUCGUCGUACCACAUGACCCAGGCGCUGACAAACCACGGCUGCUUCYAGCAGUAUCUGGCGAGGAUKGGUAGGGCCCACAGUGCCGCGUGCAACCACUGUGCAGGGAACUCUGACACAACAGAUCAUACACUGUUCGCAUUCGAAUGCUGGUCCGGGCACCGCGUGGAGCUAGAAUCUCGGCUCGGCCACCAGCCGACCGCSGCUGACCUCCCUGAUAUACUGUGCGGGCCGGACUUCGACGUCCUCCCCGCGGCCCCCGAGGAGAGAGCCAUCCUCUUGGCCGAGGUCGACGAAACGCUCCRCCUUUUAUGUAAGAUGGUCGAGUCCAUUAUGARCCUCAAGGAUGAAGAGGAGAGAGCUCGGCAGGCGCUGGAACGAGGACGGCUGGAGGGGAUGACCUGA